GGGAAACACCGAAAAGCUUUCCCCCACCCAAAAGUUUACUCCCCUGAACCUUGGUAGCUCCUGAUUUAAAGAGAAUCCACAUCCCCCGCGCCGCAUUUGCUUUGGCGACCCAAAACUUUGUAACCGAGCUCGCUCCAAUUGAGAAGUACUGUAAUCUAAUCUACACUUGCGCUUGCACCUGCAGCUUCAGCUUUUCGACCGCUGUUUUCCAGCACGCAUAUCCACGCAUCUCCUCCAGUACUUCGGGUCCAGUGGGCGUCAUUCACAUCGUCACUCGUUGAUUUCCAGCACCACGGUGUUGGCCUCCUUUGGACUACAUUUCCAUUCUCCUUCUGCCAAUUGGUUUGCUCGGGCGUGGAUAGGAGCUUCCCACAGCACAGCAACCACCUGCACAAUUCCCAAAGCAAGCGAAGUAGUACAGUACGCUGCGAAAGAAAAAAAACCUCCCCCUCCUUGGAAUAGUUGCCAACGCCAACAGCUCUCAUUACUACCGCGCCAACGAAUUCCAACCACAUCUGCAACGUCUUCAACCGACCCAACUUGCUCUCAGGAGCUGUCCAAUCUGUGGCCAUCAACUCCCAACAAGCCCCCCACUUCAGUUGCUUGGGAUCCUCUACUACCCGCAGGUGCAUCCAUCACAUUUUUCACUUCUACUUCAGUCUUGAACACAGGAGAAAGAAUAGAAUCAAAUCAUACCUCGUCAUUGUUCGGAGCCAGGAUAUUUGCAAGAGCUGCACCUGGAUACACGUCUUGCGCCGGCAUCCAUAGCCAUUGGUGUGGUGUACAAUACCUCCUACCAUUCUCGUUUCCUGUACGUUGAAUCUGGUCAGCCCAAUCAUCGGCCAUCCCUUACAAAUUCCAGCACACCCAAAUUUCCAACUCCCGGUCAUAGUCAUCAAGCGCCAUCCAAUCUAUCUGCACACGGCAACACCACCGCAGUGGUCCAAACCUGGCCACUUUUGGUGUAGUUCAACUCAGCACACCCAGUCACUUUCCCCACGCCACACAGUUUCUUUUUCCCUGCAGCAAGUUACGGUCACAUUCACAUAAUUGGAACCACUAGCGUGCGUGGCUUUUGAGCUGUUCAUUUCAAUUUUUUCCCUUCUUUCUCUACAUCGACCUCGGGGCUUUGUCUGGCAGCCCGCGCUCCAUCAAUGAGCUUCUCUAAACCCACGCAAAAUACCGUCUACGAAUAUACACAGGUAGCGCAGAGGCACGGAAGCCUGCCAUUGACUGGAAGUCCACAUUAUCCACCUCCUAGGAGUGGUCCAAGUCACUCUUCCAAUAACCGUCCUGAGGAACAGAAUAUCGACGUGCCAAUGGUGGUCAUGGACGAGAACGGGUACGUACUGUUAAAAGCAGCGCGACAUAAUCCAGUAUAUGUUGCAGAAGCUUUUGUGACAUUAUCUUGACGUUUUCAUCAUUACCAUUGAUACUCAAGCUUUUCGGGAUCUCCCAGCUAACUUGGUAUAUCUUCAGUAAUUCCUAUACCGGCCUUCGACCUGGCAACUACAUUGAGAAUGGGAGAGAGUAUCAUGGGUUCCACAGGGGCAAAUAUAUGUUCCCUUGUGACGAAGUAAGUCCGCUUCCACAGUGCAGUUACUUUUCAAGGCACCUGUAGCGAAGAAAAGUAGAGCUAACGAUAUGUCUGCAGAAAGAACUCGAUCGGCUCGACAUGUUUCACAAAUUCUUCGAAGUUACCAGAGGAAAGCAUAGAUCAGCGCCUCUGAACCUAGAGCAGCCAGGGAAUUUGAUCAGAAUUUUAGAUGUGGGAACCGGAACUGGAAUUUGGGUUCGUUUUGACUCUUGACCAUUGAAAACUUAUUCUAACAUGUCAUAAUAGGCUAUAGAUAUAAUUGAGUAGGUCUCUUGCCUUCCCCGAGAGUCACAGCAAGUCUCGUAAAAGAACAAACUUCUAAUGUUUAUAUAGCCAAUUGCUAGCCUUCGGAGUUCCCCCAGAAAAGCUGUAUGCAAUCGGAUGUGACUUGGUGCCAUGUCAACCACAAUCGUAAGUCUUGCUGGAUUCUUCAAUCCGAGAUGAACUAACACUUAAAACGCAGUAUUCCUCCAGGGUUGUCAUUCAGACAAAUGGACUUCGAGUCACCAUGGACCGGUUUGGGACUUGAGGACUGGGAUUUAAUACAUAUGCGAAUGCUGAAUGGCAGCGUUGCGAAUUGGCCGGAAGUGUAUAACAAAGCUUAUCAGUAAGAUAUAUACAUAACAUAUCAUCUAGCCGGUUUCGCUAACUAUAAUACACAGGCUACUGAAACCAGGGAUCGGACAUAUUGAACUUGUUGAAUUGGACAUGCAACCACGAUGCGAUGAUGGAACUCUUCCCCACGACUCUCCCUUGAUAGUAUGGACCAGAAGUCUUCUACAAGCUACGGAAGAGUAUUCCAAACCAUUGGCGUAUAAUGUAAACACUGGUCCACAGUUACAACAGCAGGGUUUUGAAGACAUCAAACACGAAAUUAAACGAGUACCUUUGAGCCCUUGGGAUACCCAGGACAUGCAGCAAAGAGAAAUUGGAAGAUGGUUUAAUUUAUGCCUUACCGAAAGCCUGGAACCGCUUACGCUAGCUCCCAUGAUCCGCGUCCGCAGCUGGACCAGAGCUGAUGUGGAGAGACUUACUCAAGAUGCGAGAGUGGAUAUCUGCUCGAGGAGGAUCCACGUUUACUUUGAAAUGUAAGUCCCGGUCCAUCGUCAAUUUUGAACAACAAUGCCCCCAUUUACUAGGAAAUCUAUAUUCUAUUAUUGGGUUAUUAUAUUUGACCGAGACUAAUUAUAAGUAGGCAUAUAUGGACUGCUCGCCGUCCCGCAAAGCCUUAAUAGAAUUCCCUUUCUACGAAGUUGUCAACAACCCGGCUCAGCCUGCACGACAUGGAUCUCAGAUAUCACUUUCAUCUUCAGCACGUCGUCAAGUGCAUUUACAGGGAACUGGAUUAGUCCCUGAUCUCUCUCAUUGGCGGCAUGCGAGGUCGGCCAAGCCAAUUUUCUGCCCGUCCGGGUAAUAAGAAGUGUUGCGGGGGACCGCGCAUGCGCAUAUGACACUCUAAGCGCCGAUAUGGUUCCUGGUAUGAUAUUGUUGGGGGCGUACCGGAAGACAGGUUAGGUGGCCCCGUUUGGUUGUAACACAAAAUGGGAAGGUCGCUGGGAUGACGGCGCGGCGCCUGUUUUAUUCGUCCGGCAUCGCAAAUGCCGCAGCCGCGGAUGGAACGGACCGUUGAAUCAAUAAGGAUUCGAGGGUUGGUUUUUCGGUCACGGUAUCUGGGCGUUUGAGUUACACGACAAAGAUAUUUGGCCCCAGGUCGACUCAGAAUCUCAGGCUGGAGGCAACAGCGAGGCGCAGCAAAGUACAAAGCACGAUUCCGGUUGAAGAAUGAUACUGGACAACCUACGACCUGCGAAUGGUAACGUAGUGACACAAUGAGUUACAGCGAGGCGACCCGAUGGUUUGGCACUGAACUAUUUUUGAUGGUGUGACUACCGAAAGAGUGCGAGUAUUUAAGCGGGGUUAAUAUGUGACGUGUCACUCAUUGGGUGUUCAUGUUCUUCUCUCUCCACCGUAGAGACUGACAUUGGAUACCCAUGAAGGAACGCUGAGCAAGGAAAAUGAGUGAGGGUGAGGUGGCAGCAGCCCGUGGGGGUUGCCUCUCUCCCACAUGCAAGUUGCAAUGUAUCUAAUGUCAAAAUCAGGAUUCCGUGCAGUUAUGGAGAUGGCGGUGAAGAGACGGAAUGUGUGAGAGAGAAUGGAUAUCGUGAAGGAAGGUGUGGUGGGUUUUGAUGAAUGAGAGAUGGUUCCGUGAGGGUGGUAGCGAGAUUGAUUAUGUGGAUGAUCAGCCGAUGGAAUUUUUGUGGUGCGGCGUGGAGACGGAAGGAGAUGUUUUGCAUGAAAUCCUUUUCUUUCUUUCUUUUUGUGUGACUGGUGCAGAAAUGCUCCUUUGGGAGACGGAGAAUUGGUCAGCAUUUUUAUGGGGUGGUGAUGUUGGUUGCGGUUGGGUUCGCGGGGCUUACGGGAGCUGAAGAAUGACUGAUGGGUGGGAUUGAUUUGAGGACGAUAUCGCGGGUAGGAUAUGGGGGCGUGUGGGAUCUUGGAAAGGAUUUGGGUGGAAGAUUGACAUGAUUUUUCAUUUAGAUUCAGGAACUUAGAGGUCGUGAAGAUUCCUGGAUACAGUAGCUUAGACUUGGAUCUUGAGAGUCAGUUUACAGUAGUAUAAUAAUAGAAUAGGG